GGGGGGCGUGGAAUAAAAGGAGGCGUGGUCAAUACUCGCGCAUGCGCAGUGCGGCAGUAGCCGUGCCGUUCGAACAUGUGUGACAAUGGCCGAGGUGAUGGCAACAGCAACAGCAGGAACAGCGGCAGCAGACGAGACAGAGGAGACAGGGGGAACCGCAGCGGCUCGGCGGCCACACCUACCGCCGUCGAUCCUCCUCUCGUCGCGUCGCCGCCGCCGCCGCCAAGUUCACCCAUCGCGGCUCCCCGGCUGCCGGAGAGGCCUAACCGAGUCGAAGCCUGCGAACGCUGCCCAGCAGGGCGUGCCUUGGCCGGCGGGGCGCUAGGCGACAAUGGUUCGGCGGUCGUACCGGGAUCGGGACGACCACACGGACGGGCUCAGGAAAACGAGCGAUUGCCCUGCUGGUGCCCGUCGUCCCGCACCUCGCACCAGCGCUCUCCGCUUCAGGAGGAGGGGAACGUGGCUGGAGGAGGAGCGGCAAUCGUUUCUCCCGUGUCCCAUGUGUCGCCCGUUAAGAUGGGAGGCGCUCCAAGGAGAGGGACCCGUCCGCACAGUGGUAAGGGCAGCGGCAAGCCGCGGACUGCGCCGCUGCUUGUUUCCUCCACACUGCGGUCACCCCAGGCCUCCGCCUCCGCCACCGCCGUCAAGUCACCUUCUUCGCCAGUGGGGAAUGGCCUGCCCUUCACUAUCCGGUCUUACACGACAGUGGGGUCGCCAGCCGCUGCUGCUACAGCUACUAUUGGCUCGCCAACGAUGACGUCGCCGCUUGCUACUGCAGCAGCAGCAGGGAACUCUCUCCCGCGGAAUAACGUGGGAGGGAGGCGGAGAAACAGGGCGAAGAGCAGGCAGGAUGCUGUGCUCGCUCACAAUCGCAAGGUCACAGACUACUUUCCUGUGCGGCGAAGCCUACGACGGUGCAAGUCCCAGCUGCAGACGGAGGAGCAAAAUCAAAUUGACGACGCGAUUCUGUGUGGAAAAGAGGAAGGCCUGGAGGUGCGGGAGGUGCUGGGUAAGGGCCGUGGCGUUUUCGCCACCCGCUCGUUUGGACGGGGAGACUUUGUGGUCGAGUACUCGGGGGAACUCAUCGGGCUGACUGAAGCAAAGACGCGUGAAGUGAACUAUGCCCGGGACCCCGAUAAGGGCUGCUACAUGUAUUACUUCUGCUACCUCAACAAGACCUACUGUGUCGACGCCACAGCCGAGUCUGGCCGCCUGGGCCGCCUCUUGAACCACAGCAAGAUGGGCAACUGCAGGACCAAGCUACACCUGGUUUGCUGCGGGGAGGGGGGCAGCCCGGAGAGGGGUCGCGGCGGCGUGCCCCGCCUCAUCCUGGUGGCGGCGCGGAACAUCGGCCUGGGCGAGGAGCUCAUGUACGACUAUGGCGAUCGCAGCCGCGAGGCGCUCAACGCUCACCCCUGGCUGAAGAGCUAGCGGGGUGGGGGAUGUGAUUGGAUGGAUGGGAGGGGAAGAGUGAACGGGUGAGUGACAGGGUUUGUGGAUGGAUGAGUGUGAGCAAGUGAGUGAAUGCUCAGUGCUCGCCUGUGGUUAAAGAGCUAGUGGUGGGGGGGUGUGGGAGGGGGAGAGUGAGCGAGUGAGUGACUGGCGAGUGAGUGUGCAACGCUCGCUUUUGGUUGAAGACCUAGCGGCGGGAAGUUAGUGGGUUGGUGGGUGGAUUCGAGGGAGAGUGAACAGGUGAGUCAGUGGUGAGUCAGCGCCUUGCAUACAGGAGGUCAUGGGUUUGAUCCCACAACCUCAGGGCUCACCCUUGGCUCAAGAGCUCGCAGGGGGAGAGUGGGUAGUUGAUUGGACAGGUGACUGGGUAACAGUGGGUGGAUAAGUGAAUGGGUGCGUGUGGUAGGGGUGGAUGAGUGGGUUGUGUGGAUGAGUAGGUAAGUGGGUGGGUGGGUAGAUGGAUUAGUGAGUUGGUGGAUGAGUGAUUGGGUCAGUAAGUAGUGGGGCAAGUGAGAGUGAGCAUGUAAAUCAGUUGAAGUGAGCAAGGGAGCAAUAGGGUAAAUGGGAGUGGCCACAAGUGAGGGCAAUUCAUGCUCACCCUUGUCUCAUGGACUAGCAGGUGUGUGGAAGGGUGGGUUCGUGGGCGAGGCCAGUGAAUGGAUGAUUGAGUGUAAGUGUACGUUUCUGUGGAUAUUAAACGCACAAUGAAUUUACAUGAAAAAAACUUGCUGUUGAACAUAACACAUCUCACACGAACAACACACACAGUGCACACCACGGUCGCAUAUGCAUUGUUGGCAAGAUACACAGUCAACUACACAUCACAUGUGUACUUCGCAACAGCAGCAACAGAUGCCAUUCUUCACGAAAGGACGGCGACAUCUCCACGGUGCUUGUGCCAUGCUAUGUGCACAUUGAGGCUAUCACGUGUAGUGUCGAAAACUUGCUGGCAGGAGGUUAUGUAGGGGUUGACUGAGAUGACUGGCAGAUGUUACCACCUGUCCACACUAUACCAUGAAGACCAAGAUCUCCCGUUUCGCCUUAGCAGACUGUUGGGGCAAGUGAUAUUUACAACACCUAUUAAGGCCAGAACAGCACACCAGGGGGUGGGUUGCUAACACCACUCGGCCACCUUCCUCUCCUCGGUGCUGAUCUUUACACAUUGCACAAGGCAAUCGUACAAAGGCUGAGUCGAUCUAGGGUAGUCCCAUGACCGGUUCAGAUGUUCGUCAUUGAUCUUUGAUUAGCACGGUCUCGCGUAUGGUGUGAAAGACGUUCAACAUACAUGUUGGCUGUGAGCAGGAAACGAACAUAGGUCUCCGGGUUGGGAUCACGGCGUGCUAAUCACUGCGCCACCACUCUACUAGGCCGCACCUGCACACACGUUGACCCCAUCACACUCGGAUGUGUCUUAACAGCAGAUGUGCUCAGCUGUGAGUGACGGGCACGUUUGCGUGAUUCUGACUCCCCCCCCCCCCCAGCCUCUGGGUCACUUGAAGAUUGCGACGCAAUAUUGUUUAAUAAACGCGAUGAUGCCCGGGUUGCACGGACGGCCAAACUCAAGUCGACUCGAGUUGGUUACGAAAAAUUGUAGCAUAAAUGGUCACUGAUCGGUCACCAAUGUUUGUGCAACAAACCGCUACAUAAAUUUGGUCCGGCACUCGUAUUAAUAUACAGUAUACACAUUACUGGACAUCUGUGAAAAAAGCUUCAUAGCUCAUUAGAUUCCUCCAGUCUAAUAGAGAUUCUUAUUGUAUCAGUUUCACUGUCAGGCGAAUCAUGCACUCUUCUACGGAUUGAGUGGGAAAGGUGCUGUCUGGUGUUGGCCACUGGGGAAACAAAGGUGGCUGGGCGUGUCGUUAGCCAUACCGCCUAAAGUGCCAUACGAUCCUUACUAGGUGCUCGCUAGCAGCGCUCGUUACAACAGUUUAUGGCUAUAACGAAGGUUUUUGUGUACUCUGCGUGGACUGGAUGCCGCUUGAAGGGAUCUCGGAGGUAGUUCUCAACACGAAGGGAUGCUCUGCGAGUAAUCCCCAAUGGGAUUCUUCGUCUCAUUACAUGCCAUUUAGCACAAUGGAUGUACAAUUAUGGGGAAAAUUGCGCUCUUAAAAGUGACAUUUCCAUGAAUUUCCACGUUUUGAAGGCGUUAUCAUAUGAAUUGGGGAUGCAUUUAUGCUCGGGCUCCAACAGCCUUGAUUCUGAGGUUUUGGGAAUUCGGGGCAGCCCAUGAAGCGAUAUUGGUACUGACAAUUUGUACCCAGGUCCGAAGUGGCAGCCCAGCUCGAUUUGACAAGAACGGGCACGGAAACUCCGUAGCUGGAUGGCGGCAGCUUGUGUCUUGAGGAAACGUGGUUUCCAAGUAGAAGGUCCAAAAAUUGUCUUGCAUAUGGCUGGGGGGUCGGGAGUUCACAAUAUACCCCUUAGCCCCCAUUCUCACAACCCCUUCAAGCAAGGGGGGUUGGGGGCUGCAGGGGGUGGGGAGGUGCUUUUUCUCUGAACUCCCAAGGGUAGUGGAAUCGGUAGUUUUGCUUAUCGCUUCAUUUUCUCGAACGUACAUUUAUACCGACAAGGUAUUUUCCACUGCACGAUCCGAGCCACGCCGGAGUUGUAUCGAGUCAGCCUGGCUGGUGUGACUGGUUCCCCUCCCCCCCCCACUGCAUAAAAUGCUAUCCGUGCCGAUGACGCCACACGCAGUGGAGUCGAGGUGCGUGCGGGUUUAUGACGCGUCGAUGUUGCAUGCAACGAACGCGGCAUGAGCCCCUGUUCCUGCUUGGCCGACAGCCAGAUGUUGUCUUGACGGAUAAUCACGGUUUGGUUUCCAGCUCGGCUUUGGGGAAACAGUGGAAAAUAACCUGAACCAGGCUCUGCUCGGACGUGUUGGUGGAAAGUGGCUGUGUUUGCUAACGUUCCAGUUUCAACUACCUGAACUCUGCGAUAAGUUAUGGGAUUUUGCGUUUUUGAAGCCACCACGUUUUUCUUACGAUUUCUAAAGUUUGCGAUUUUUAAAGCUUGCGAUCAGGUGUGAAUGUUGCAGCAAUGUUUUUAAACCCUCUGGUGGCUGCAGGGGUAGGGGGAAUUUUCUACAGACAAACGUAUAAGAGUGCAGCCCUCUGUCAAUCCACUGCUCGAUGAAAGCGUCUCUAUUCCGCAUAAUUCAAGUGGUAAUUUGGUCAUAUCUCUCCAUGCUGGUCCGUGCUUUUAGUAAAGGGGGUUGGUGAGGACAGAACCGCCAAUUAAAAUAUAACUCCGCCAAUGGUAGCCGUGAUUGUGAAUCUAAACCCAGGUGCCCAGGUUGGUGGUGCGGUGCGCUGCGCUACACCACCACUCUGCCCAUUGACAGUUUGUGAAUGAUUGCGAUGUCACUAUCGUGCUGUCGCAGUCUAAAUGGUUGACACACCAGACUUGCAAUCCAGAGGCGGAUGGUUUGAUUCGAUCUCCCGGUGCAGCAGUUGAAAUAAUUGUGAAUGUAUUCUAAAUAAAUCCCCCCCAACCUUAUCUGUGCUGUCCGCCCAGUAGUAUAAGUGGGUACACCACAGUCAAAUCAGUAGGUGUCCUGUGUGGUGGGGUAAAUUGUGGGUACAGUUAUCUCUUCGAAGACGUCUGGCCAACGUGUAGGGUAGGCGGAGCUCCCUCUCGCGAAGGCUUCUGCCAGCAGUGUUGUGAGCAAGUACUUUUAGGGCUGCAUCUUUUAUUAUAGUCUUGGUAAUUAUAAUAUUCGAUAAUCAUGCGUGGUUUUGGUCGUACGUGUGAGUCCAGACCAUCGGUGUACCCACGACACUUGCCAGGAAGUUCGUUUGUUUGAUCUAAAUGAAGAUUUAACUUCCCAAACGUGCUUUGAUUACAUAUAAUACUCUUUCAGCGUCGUUGUGGCGAUGAAUGAAUUACUAAAAUUACCCUAACUUUCUCAUUGCUCUUCAAGUAAACAAAUAAACGUGUUUCGUAAACAACCCGACCGGCUGCACAGCAUUCAUUAGAUCAGCAGCGUUGGUUCAUUCCAAGCAAACUCUGAUAGUGUUUGCGACUGAACAUAUGGCAGUUUACCAGCGUUCCAGCAAGCCUCACUGCUGGUGAGAUGCUGCAAUGUUGAAACCGGCCCAGAGUUUGCUUGUAUUGAACCAAUGCUGCUGAUACGAUGUACUCCCGGAAGGCCGUGUGGCCGACGGGGUGUGUAAAAGUUGUUUUUUGUCACGUGGAGAGACUGAUGUGGGGGAAAAGGCGUAUUUUAUUUUGAGACGUAUUUUAAAGCGUUGUUACAGAAUCGAUUGCAGAUUCCAAAGGUUUAUGAUGAUCGGAUGAUUGAAUACGCUUUAGCCUUCAGUUAACAUUGGAGGUGAUUGUUGGGCGAACUUUGGGUCCCCGCAGUCAGUUCCGAAGCGCUUGGUUGACUGUGUGCUCUCUUGUCUUAUUAAUAAGACAAAUACAACCAUGAUAUGAAAUGUAUUAUCCGAAACCAAUAUGCGGCUUCGAGAGUAUGAUGUUACCUAUGUUAUGUCACUUUUGUGCUAAACAAUUACGUGGAAAUUCUAAAGGAUCCGACAUUUUAAAAUGGAACAAAUCGGAUUUCCACAAUGUGCUAUCCAUAACUCAUUCCGAUUACAUAAUAAAUGUUAAACAACUUCCUCUCAA